CUAUCAGCUUAAGAUGUGCCAUCCCGGAAAGAUCAAUUGUUAAAAUUCGAUGGUCGUGGAGCAAGAAAAUAUAUAUAUUUAUAGAGAGAGAGAGAGGGGAAAGCGAUUAAAGCGACUUCGAAUUUGUGUUUUCCUCUCUGGAUGUCGUUUUCUCUUUUCAAGAAAUUAAGGCUUGCUUGCCCUACAGCAGCGAUAGAGUCACUCUCGGAGCAAUUGUUUCUCUGAAGAUAAGCUAAUGAGAAGAUUCUUCAAUUCCUAGGGUUCAGAGAUUCUCUGCUGCCUGAAGCUCUCGGAAAUGGCGUUCUGGUGGCCCUUGCUCGUUCUUGGAUUCGCUUUUGCCAUCUGUAAAUUCUUGCUAAUGCUCAUUCCUCCCAAUGUGCCUUCGAUCGACGUCGACGCUUCCGAUAUGUUGGAUGAUGGAAAUCAGACUAAGGACAGCAGCUACAUAUACAUACCUUCCAAAAGACACACAGACAAAAUUCCGUGCUAUGAGCCUGCAACAAUGAAAUUCCUAGGAUACUUACCUGCUUUGAAACCUGAUGAGGUCAAGGAGCAUGUAGCCCUGGCAAGGAAGGCACAGAAAAUAUGGGCCAAGAGUAUGUUCAAACAAAGACGCCAGUUUCUGCGUAUACUUCUGAAGUAUAUUAUCGAGCAUCAAGAGCUUAUAUGCGAGAUCUCAUCACGUGAUACUGGAAAGACUAUGGUAGAUGCUUCCUUGGGUGAAAUAAUGACAACGUGUGAAAAGAUCACUUGGCUACUUUCAGAGGGGGAGCGCUGGCUAAGGCCUGAAUACAGGUCCUGUGGAAGAUCGAUGCUUCACAAGAGAUCUAAAGUGGAAUUUUAUCCACUUGGUGUAAUUGGUGCCAUUGUCUCAUGGAACUAUCCAUUCCACAAUAUAUUUAACCCAAUGUUGGCUGCCAUCUUUUCAGGGAAUAGCAUUGUGAUUAAGGUUUCUGAACAUGCAAGUUGGUCUGGAUGUUUCUACAUUCGAAUUAUUCAAGCAGCCCUUGCUGCUGUAGGAGCUCCUGAAAAUCUAGUUGAUGUAAUAACAGGGUUUGCUGAAACAGGUGAAGCUCUAGCAUCUUCAGUUGACAAGGUCAUAUUUGUUGGAUCCCCUGGUGUGGGAAGAAUGAUAAUGAGAAAUGUUGCUAGGACACUGAUACCAGUUACACUUGAACUGGGCGGGAAAGAUGCAUUUAUUGUAUGUGAAGAUGUAGAUGUACCUCAUGUUGCACAAAUUGCUGUAAGGGCUGCUCUUCAGUCAAGUGGACAGAAUUGUGCUGGGGCUGAGAGAUUUUAUGUUCACCAGAAAAUUUAUUCUUCAUUUCUUGCCGAAGUAGUCAAAAUCGUAAAAUCUGUUACUGCUGGUCCUCCGCUUGAUGGAAAAUAUGAUAUGGGAGCCAUAUGUAUGCAAGAGCACUCAGAAAAGCUUCAAAACCUUGUCAAUGAUGCCAAGGACAAAGGUGCUGAAAUUGUUGCUCGGGGAAGUGUUGGCAAUAUAGGUGCAGAUGCUGUUGAUCAAUACUUUCCUCCAACUGUAAUUGUGAAUGUAAAUCACACAAUGAAGCUGCUGCAGGAAGAGGCUUUUGGACCAAUCAUGCCAAUAAUGAAAUUCAGCUCAGAUGAGGAGGCCAUCAAGCUUGCAAAUGAUUCAAAAUAUGGGCUUGGAUGUGCUGUGUUUUCUGGCAGCCAGCAACGAGCCAAGCAGAUUGCUUCCCAGAUACACUGUGGAGUUGCUGCAAUCAAUGACUUUGCAUCGACUUACAUGUGUCAGUCCCUGCCAUUUGGUGGCGUAAAAGAAAGUGGCUUUGGAAGGUUUGCUGGCGUGGAAGGAUUGCGGGCUUGCUGUCUUGUGAAAUCAGUUGUUGAGGAUAGGUGGUGGCCAUUUGUUAAAACUGUAAUACCAACGCCUAUCCAGUAUCCUGUUGCAGAGCAUGGGUUCAAGUUUCAGGAAUCGCUGGUAGAAGCUCUUUACAGCUUAAAUAUAUGGGACCGGUUGAGGGCAUUGGUCAAUGUCUUGAAGUUCCUCACAGAAAAGAACAUUCCUGCUGGCAAUAGGAGAAGAAUCGAUUAAAGGAUGAUCCUGUUAGGUGGCAUCAGGUUGUUUCUGCUUACCCGUUCUUUUUGAUCGAGGGUUUCUUGUAUGACUUGUAAGAAACUUGGAAGCAUACUCGAGCAUUAAUUUCUGAUUUGCUGCUUACACUCCUUCUAUAUUGUUUUGGAAACCCUAUUUCCACUCAGUUUUUUCCCUGAAACAUUUGUGAGCUGACAAGAAUGUUCCAGUAAGCUGAAUUUCAAAAGGUUCUUUUUGAAAAUAAAAUUUUGAAAUGGUAACAA